AUAAUACGAAACGCGACGUUGUCCGUGCGUCGCCUCCGCCGCAUGCACACCACGCAGUUGUAUACUCGCGCGUAAAAUCCUUAACGAACGCGAAUAAAAUACGAUAACGCGUCUAAAUCCAAAAUACGAUAUUACGCUUCAAUAGCGAUCCAUCGGCCGAUCGAAGCGGUCGGUGAACGCACACGUCCGCCGCUGCUUCUGAGUGUGUCACGGUCGAACCGCGCUCGAUACCGCGAUACGACCGAUCCGUGGGCACGACAUCACCUCGUACGCGUUUCUUGUCGAUUAUAAAAUAAACGAUAUCGUUGGUGCAGGUUAACGUGGUUGUUGAAUUUUCCGCGGUUUUCACACUAAUACCUAUACACGACAUUAACGACACUCUAUAAUAUUAUUUCGUGCCGGACGUCAUUUGUUGUUAUUGUCGUCGUCGCGCGUGUACCUUACACUCGCGCGUUACGGGCACGGCGACUCGAACGCGAGAGCGGACGACCCGCGGUGCGGAGGAGGUAAACGCGGGGUGGCGAGACAUGCACCCGUCGCCGCCGACGGCGGACAGUUGCGGCGCCCGUCCCGUGCCGUCAAUACCGCUGCGGAAUCGUUAAUUGUUAUCGGAUCCAGUCGGAAUCGUGUUUUCGCGUCCAUCGAUCGGUCUUAAUGAAUUUCACCAAUGGAUUUCCAGUAGCAGCGGUACGCGGCAGUGGUCGCCGCCGAUUUCGCGCGCAACCCAUACGACACCGGUAAGGCGCGCGCGCACGCCGACAACGCCGCCACCGUCGACGACGACGACGCUCGUCUGAACGCGCGCGGAACCAUCGUCACACGCCGCGUAGGAAGCAGCGCGCGCGAAAUGUUUUCGGACGCCGCACCAGUGUUGUUGUCGUUCCUCCGGCACCGGUGGACCGCCGAAUAGUGCGUGUGCGCCCGCACAUACCGACACAACCGGUCGACCACCGACGGCUGUCAAUUGUUUAUUUUUUUUUUUUUGACGGUCACACUCUUGCGGUAUACAACACGUGGUGAGAGUACACUACACCUUACACUACACACACACACGCGCAUACAUAGGACAGAGGGUAGGGACAGUGCUGUGUGUGCGCGAGCGCGACGACAACGGUGCGAGACACGCGGAGCCGGUACACGAGUGAGAGCGGACGUUCUUCGCCGGAUGGAAAACGUUCACAACAUGGCGCCAGAGUCGCCGCUCAACGAAGUCGUGGUCGAGACAAUCGAUUCGCCGCAAGACGUGCGGGCGCACGUCGACGCUGGUCGGCCGUCCGCGUGCCCCGUCGCCGAGCCGCCACCGACACGCGAACUGUGCAUCACGCGAGUGCCGCGGUCGCAGCCCGCCAGCAGGAUCGUUUGCCAUGCACGUUGUUCGCGGCCCGUCCAGCACGACGACGACUCGGAAGACGACCUGGACGACGACGACUUGGACGACGAAAACGACGACGACCACAACGACCAUAAUAACCACCACCAGCAGCACCAUCAGAACAAUCGCGGCCACCAACACCAGCAGCAACAGCAGCAGCAACACCACCAGAACCAGCACCACCAAGCCCACCAUCACCAACACCUCCACCAAAACCAACACCAUCCGCACCUCCAGCAGCAGCAGCAGCAGCAACAGCAGCAACAGCAACACCACCUCCAAAACUCGGACCGAUCGCCGGUCGAGAGUAACGGUGGUGGUAGCCGCCGCGGCGUAGGUGGUACAGUCGUGGUCAGAGGUGGCUGCGGCGGUGGCGGUGGAGGUGGUGUCGGCAGCGGUGGAAGCGGUGGCGUCAUCGUCGAGGACGCAAAACCACCCGAGAGCACCAUCACUGUGAUCGUACACCACCCGGACGACGACCGAGCGAACCGAUCAUCCAGACUCAAUCCCAACCCCAGGCAUUCCGUCAGCGUGGCCGGCAUGAUCGAGUCGCAAGACUACCAUCGAGGAGCAGGCUCCGGGGCAGGCAACAACAGCGUGCUACAGCUGCACCACCAUCAACAACAGCAACAGCAGCAGCAACAGCAACAACCCGAGCCCACUUACCAGACGCUCACAUCGGUCAACGGUAGGAUGUCGCCACCUGGUUACAGCCCCAACUCGUCGUACGCCACACUCACACCUCUCCAACCACUGCCGCCCAUAUCAACCAUGUCCGACAAGUUCGUGUACGGUCACUCCAACAACGUGUCCGGAUCGUUCACGGUCAUGCAGAACAACAUCGGCGGCCUAGGCAUGGUGGUCAACAGCCCGUACACGUACGACAAGAUGGGUAUGCACUCACCCAAUCACUAUUCGCCCACACACAUGCACCACAUGCCGCCGCAACAGGGCUCGCCGAUAUCACCACAAAGCGCGUCGUACAGUCAAAACGGAGGCGGUGGUGGAGGUGGCCUCAACUCGCCGCAGAAGAGCAUGUCGUCGCCGAACAGCUGCUAUGACUCGCCGUACACGCAAAUAGGGCCCGGCGGUCGGUCGGGAGCGUCCAACGCCAUGCACAGCCCUGACCUCAGCCAAAACUCAGGGUCGCUGCACUCGCCACCGAUGUCCAGCUACGGUGGAACCACCACGCUGUCCAACGUCAACGGGCUGACCACCAUCACGCCGCACCCCGGCCGGGGCGGUGGUGGCGUCGUGGUAUCUCCCAGGCACUCGCCGUCGCUGGUCAUACACCCCAUCAUACAGCCCCAGGAGGUCGUGGUCACCACGUCCUCACCCUCACCGCCCGACCACUCGCAGAGGAUGCAGAUGAUGCACCAACAACAGCAGCAGCAGCAGCAACAGCAGCAGCAACAACAACAACAGCAGCAGCAACAGCAGCAGCAGCAGCAGCAACAACAACUGCAACAGCAGCAGACCACGCUGAUCAAGACGCAAUCGAUCACCACCACAACCACGGUUCUGGUUCAGAACGCGUCGUCGGCGUCCGGGUCGAACGGCAGCGGUUCCGACAUGGAGGAGAUCAACACCAAAGAGCUGGCACAGCGGAUCAGCGCCGAACUGAAACGGUACAGUAUACCGCAGGCGAUAUUCGCGCAACGCGUGCUGUGCCGGUCGCAGGGUACGCUGUCCGACCUGCUCCGGAACCCCAAACCGUGGUCCAAGCUGAAAUCCGGCCGGGAGACGUUCCGCCGCAUGUGGAAGUGGCUCCAGGAACCCGAAUUCCAGAGGAUGUCGGCCCUCCGCUUGGCAGAUGAUUCUUCUUCUAACCUUGGUCAAGACUUAGAAGGUAUGUUAUUGGCAGAAAAUGGACUGCAGAAUGUUCCAACACCAAACGUCGGAAGUUACAUAAACAACAUGGUAGCUCAAAUUCCACAGCAAAACCCUCCUUGCAAACGAAAAGAAGAAGUCCAACCUAUUGUUCCUGAUCAUUCAUCUGCACCUAAAAAACCACGUUUGGUCUUUACCGAUCUUCAACGACGAACAUUACAAGCUAUUUUCAAGGAAACGAAAAGGCCGUCAAAAGAAAUGCAGGUGACCAUAGCUAGGCAAUUGGGCCUGGAACCGACUACAGUCGGCAAUUUCUUCAUGAAUGCCAGGAGACGGUCGAUGGAUAAGUGGAAGGAUGAAGAUCCAAAAGUAAUGGCGGCAUCGAACCACCACCAAGACGACAUUGUAGUCAAUAUGCAAACAGGGACACAUAUGGGUAACCACCAGUCUGAAGUGUUGUGACCAAUAAUUAAUUAGGAUAAAUAUAGAUAUUUAUUCCAAAAUGUUAGAGUACAAUAUCGAAAUGUGAUUUAUUUUCUGGCCAUAUAUAUAUAAACUAUAAAAGUUGAUAGGUUUAUUUCUUUUUUAUUUAUAUAAAAAUAUUAUCUCGACAUAUAUAUUAUGGUAAGGCAACAUAACAUAUUUCCCGAUAAAUUUAUCCCAAUUGAUUUUUCAUCGAAACACUCAACCAAACCAUAACCCCGUCCCAUAAAUAUACAAUAAUUUAAAAAAAAUCGAAAUCAUAUAAAAAAAAAAUUCAAAAAUCGAUCGACUUCUGUUUGUAUUCAUUAUUUGAUUAUACCAAAUAAAUGUAUUUUUAUUUUUUGUGGAUAUAUAAAUCAAUGCUACGUUAUACUGUUCAUUUAAAAAUAUUUCAUACAAACAGUCAAAUUUGUUUUAAAUAACAACAGUACCCAUAGGUAUUACGCUUUAAAUAUUAUUAUUUUAAUACGUCAUAUUGUAUUUAUUUCAUCGAAAACCACUUCACUGAUGUUUAUACAAUUAUUUACCUAAUGAUCUCUUCGCAUUGUAGUCAUAUAGAAGUAUAUAAUAUUUUUAAGGUCCAACCACUACCUUUAUCGAUUGUUCAAUCGAAUCAAUUAUCUAGUCAAAAACCGCUCAAUUUACAUGAAAAUUGAAAAAAAAACAUAUUUGUAAACAAUUCUUUUGAAGUAUAUUUUUAUCGAAACUAUGUGCUUUCACAAAUUUUACCAAAAUGUAAUCCGUCAUCAUAUUUUGUAAUACCUAACAUAUAGAACAUAAAGUAAGGACUAAAUAGUUCAUUAUAACAAAUUAAUUUAUAAAGAGCUUAAAUAUUUUUAACUGAAAAUUAAUAUUUUUUCACAAAACUGAUUACCAAAUAGAAAUUCCUAAAGAAAUCGUAUUGUUCGCGUCCAAGUUUCUAAUAGAAAUUAUAUAGUGAUAACUUAAGCAUUCCAUAACGAUUAUUAUAUCUAGUCAAAAUAGUUAGUGCAAUCGACUUAAUGUCAAAUCUGAUAACUAGUGAUUUUUUUAUUAUUUAAUUUAAUUUUAGUUAUUUAUUUAUUAUAUUUUAUUGUUUUUUACCUAAGUUUUGUUUUGUGGUUUAACAAUGCUGUGUUUCAAUUUAUUUUUAAUGUGUUUGAAGUAGAAGAAAGUAUCAAACGUAAUAAUAAUGAUUUAAUUGGGGGUAAUUUGGUUGCUCAGAGAUUGUUAGCUUAUAAUUUUUUUAUUUAAAAUCUCCUAUGGAAAAACCAAUUACCUACCCGAAUAAAAUGCAAUUUUUGUUUUUGUCAAUAAUUUUUUUUUUAUUUCUUUUUUUCGUCUCAACUUUUGAAAUCUAUAAAAAUAUAUAUCCAACAUAACUGUCUUAAAUAUUUAAAAUGUCAUCUAUUUAUAUGAUUAUAUUUUUACUUGCGGUCGAUAGUAUUCCAAUUAUGGUUAAAGAGCAUUUUUUGCUAAUUUAUUGUUAAAACAAAAUUGUUUUAUUCCCAAAUAAAAAAUUCAAUAUUUUAUUUAAAAUUCAGAUUUUCAAGGCACAGAUUCUUCGUCUGUUGAAUAUUUUGUUUUUCACGUGUACAUUAUAAGAACCCAUUAGUAUGUAGAAUAAUAUUAUUUUAAUGUAAGUUUAGUGCGUAUGUGUGGUUGCCUAGCCAGUAAAUUAUUUUUAAUAAAACGAGAAAAUAUUAUUAUUAUUUAUAAUUUGUAUCAUAGAUUUUUCUAUUAUGCAUCCAAUUUACUUGUAAUAAAAUAAUUAAUACACAUGCACAUUAACACGUUAAAAAAAUAACUACAAUCAAAUAUGAUUAGUUGUAAAAUAUUGUAAAUAUUUAUACUUUAUAACCUUUAGGUUAUAUUAAAAUAUGAUUGUAUUUUUUGGGCAAUUUUCUGUGCGAAUAUAUAAGUAACUAUUUAGAUUCGAACACGUCUUUUUUUAAAUACUUGGCAAUUUAAUUAUCUGUUACUUUAAAUGUAUUUUUAGUUGUUUAGUAUUAUUAUUAUUAUUAUAUUAUUAUUAUUAUUAUUAUUAUUAUUAUUAAACAAAUUUAUGUGUUACCUACUUUAAUUUAUAUACCUAGUCAUUUUUUUUAGUUUGUAAACAAUUUAUAAGAAAAUAUUGUAUACUAAAAUGUAUUUUUUAAAAAACCGUUUCUAGUCUUGGAAUGCUACCAAUGUAUUAAUACUAAAUACUAAUCUAGUCAUGUAAAAAAACAUUGUAUGUUUUAUACUUAAUUUCAUUUUCUAGUGAUAUUAUAUAUUAUGUAUUAAUAAAUUGUUAACAAUUUUCACAAACCAAAUUUUUGAUAGACCAAUAGACCAUAAAAUAUAUUAUUUAGUUAUAUAACUAUUGAAACAUGAAAAAAAAAAUUCAUUUAAAAUAUGUCGUCAUUAAAAUGUUUUUUUUCACGUUAAAAAAAAAAAAUGUGAAAAAUUCUUUUUAUUAUCUAAAGAAAUGUCUAAAAAAAAUAGUGUAUUAGAUGUUUCUUAAAGUGAUUUAACAUUUUAUCAGUACUUUAAUAAUAAAGCAUUACUGUAAAUUCAACGGAAAAAUUAUUGUUGUUUAAUAUAUUAAAUUCAGCGCAUUAAGUCCAGUGCAUCGUAUGAACACGACAACCAUGAAUAAAAAAAAACACGAUAUUAUCCUAUAACAAACGAUUUUAAAUACACGUUCAGGGUUUCUUUUUUUUUACAGUGUAUUGAUAAUUGUGCUAAUAUGUAUAAGUUUAUUUCUCUCAUGUGUAAUACCAUGUAGUGCAGUGGUUCCCAAAUUGUUUUCCACUGCCACACAUUAUUAUUGAUAAUGUAAUGUUAUAAGAAUAAUAAAAUAAUACUAAAAUCACACGGCGUCUUGGAUAGGCUUUUUAGCUACACCACUGUCGUGAACCCAUUUAUCCGAUAUCUUAUAUAAGACGUAUGUGACGCAUGGUGACUAAGUAUAAGUAAGUAACCGACAUUUGUAUUUAGACGGUGCAGUUUUUAGGCCACAACAAACAUUAAAAUUUAAAGUACAGUAUGAUUGCUGUCCAAAUUAAAUAUUUAGUAGUUAUUGUUGUUGUAUAAAUAAGUUAUAGGUUACUCUAGGUCAUUAAAUAAAAAUAAACAAAUUAAAUAUUAGAAUGAUCCACUCAGUUUUAUUUAAAUAAACGUGUUCAACGCGCUUACCAAUUAAUCUUAAGCAAAUUUAUUUUCCAGUAAGUAUGAAAUUGUUUGGAUUCACUAUUUUUGGACAAGAAUUUUAGUUUAAAUAUUGAUAAAAUAAUUUAGGUAGCAUAUUUGUAAUAUAUU